CCAUGCAGACGCGUGAUGCGAUAGUGUAGUUCGUUCGGCGGGAGCGGACUAAACAACCUUUGGUAGUCUGGUCGGCUGAUAUCUGGCUGAUAUUAGCUCAGCUGGAAACUUAAAGAGGGAUCUGCUUGGGACGAUCAUCAGUGCUUGAGACGGUUGCUUGUUGAGCCCAUGUAACGGUGACUUGUGUAAAUACGAAUACAUCUGUUUAGUGCGGUUUUUGGCUUCUCUCGUGUGUUAUGUUUUGAAACAUAAAAUUACCAGACCAUCUUUCAGUGAUAUGUAGGUACUUGAGUUUUUAUUCUAACACGGUCAAACGAUUGAUUGGAAAGGAGCGCAGAUUCUCUCACAGCGGAGAGUAUGUUGCUGGUGGGUGAUUCGCUCUCAUCGCUGUUGCGGCCGUUGCCUGCCGUAUCGGUCGUCAGUCCUCCUAGAAUCGCGUAUCCCUUUUGAUCGUAGUUGGCCCGAGUCCGUCGCCUGCUGCCUGACUGCUGUGAAAGAGGAAGGAUGAUGGCUGCAAAAAUGGAUGCGUGACCAGAAGUGAAAAUUUUGAGUCCUGCUCCGUUAUCGUACGCGGGUGUGAAUGUGAAAAUGGUUACUUUGAUCGUCGCGCAAAACGCACAAAGUGGGUGGAUUCAGUGAAAUUGCAAGCUUUUGCUCGGUGGAAAAUAAGCAAGUACCGUGGAAGGAAAGUUGUGAAUAUGUUACGGAUUAGGCGAAAAAUCAAUUUCUUUGCGAAAUGAUAUCGCUUUGUUUGUAGUUAGUUGGUGUUUCCGAAUGUGCUAGCCUGGUGUUAUGAAUGUGAAGAGCAGUGCAUUCGUGCUUUUAUUCUUAAUGGGUGGUGCGUGAGUUAAUAGAAUUCAAAUAUCGAAGAAAAAGAUUGUAAUGAUAUUACCCUCACGCCAGAAAAAGGUGUGGUGCGUCAGUCGUCGUCGCCGUCAUCGUCUUCGUCGUCCUGUGUACAUGGGGAAAAGUCAGUGAAAAUUUUCCGAUAUAGCAACUACACCAACAGGGCUCGCACGAAAUGUUCGGUAACGGGGCAGAGUAACAUCAUCAAUAUCAGAAACCAACAGCAGUAUAGCAGCAGGAGGGAAAACAGGAUACUCCUUGUCCCAGAAGAGAGCACAACUGGGCAUGAGUGAAGUGUGAGCAAGGAGUUUAAGGAUCAUUCUCUCGUCAAAUAAGGAGAAUUGGAAAGAGAAUUGUUGACAGUUGUGGAAGCGCUCCAUGCGCUUACAGCUGGGUCGUUUAUUGUGUAAACAGUAACUAACUGGGAAGCGACUAUCCUGUGACAGGAUUUUUGGAACAACAUUUGCCGCCUGGAAGCUAAGGCUGCCAUACGAUUGAAAAGGGGUGUGAAGCUGUAAAAAUGGCUGUUCCAGUAUUUUUGGAAGGUCGCGUCGGUUCAACGCCGGACAAAGGCGUCCCGGAUAUGACAUGUAUUUCCGAUAUCGACGAAAAUGGCAUCAACCGCAACUUGAAAGUGCGCUACGAACGAGACCAGAUUUAUACCUACACGGGAUCGAUUCUGGUUGCCGUCAAUCCCUACAAAGAGAUCGAGUGCUACACCCAGAAAUACGUUGCCAAAUAUCAUGGCCAGAAACUUGGCCUCUUAGAUCCUCAUGUAUUUGCGCUUGCUGAGGCGGCGUACCGAAAUAUUCGCGAUAACGAAACCAAUCAGUCAUGUGUCAUCUCGGGCGAAUCCGGUGCCGGAAAGACAGAAACCACCAAAUUCAUUCUACAGUACCUCUGCUCGGUAACCUGCGAUGUGUCCACCUGGGUGCAGCAGCAGAUUCUCGAGGCCAACACGAUCCUGGAAGCGUUCGGCAACGCCAAAACCAUCCGAAACGACAACAGUUCCCGGUUCGGCAAGUUCAUGCAGGUGUGCUUCGAUUCCAAGUGGUGCAUCAAGGGCUGCAUCAUUCAGGACUACCUGCUGGAACAGUCCCGGAUAACAUUCCAGAGCCCUGGCGAACGGAACUACCACGUCCUCUACCAGCUGGUUGCCGAAGGAUGCAGCAACAAAGAGGUGGCUGCAUCCUUGCACCUUAAGGAUGCAGCCUUUUAUCGGUAUUUGAAUUCAUCCGAGUCUUCCGCUCAGAACGAGCUGGACAUUGCGGCCGAAUCGAAAAAGUUUGAAGCUCUGCGGCUUGCCUUCAACGUGCUACAAAUCUCGCAGCCCUUGAUCGAUGGAAUUUUCAAGGUGCUAAGUGCCAUACUGUGGUUGGGUAAUCUGGACUUCGCCGACAUUGACGGCGAACGGUGUGAACUAGCAGAGGAAGAUAAAACGAUUGUCCCGAUCGUGGCAGAACUGUUGGGUCUUCAGGGAAGUGAUCUGGAGCAGGUUCUUCAAAUGCGACAGAUUAACGUUCGAGGAAACAUUACGGAGAUUCCUCUGAAGCUUCAGGAAGCUCGGGAGAAUCGACAUGCUAUGGCCAAAGCGCUGUAUUCGAGGACGUUUGCUUGGUUGAUCAGUCACAUCAAUACUUGCAUUAACCCAGGUCAGGAUGCGUCUCGGUUUUUGGGGGUGCUGGACAUCUUCGGGUUCGAGAACUUCAAUACCAACUCGUUCGAGCAGCUGUGCAUAAAUUAUACCAACGAGAAGCUACACAAGUUCUUCAAUCACUACGUGUUCGCUCUGGAACAGGAAAUCUAUCGUCAAGAGGAAAUAAAGUUUUCGCACAUUCAGUUCACGGACAAUACGCAGUGUCUGGAGCUCAUCGAGAAACCGCCGCGUUGUAUUCUGAAGCUCCUAACGGAGCAGUGCCAUAUGCCAAAAGGCUCGGACACGGCCUAUCUCACGAAUCUGCACAGCGAGUUCGAAAGCCAUGCGCGGUAUGUUAAAGGACAAGAUCGUCGACACUGGGAAUCGGAGUUCGGCAUCCGGCAUUACGCUGGAUGCGUAAGUUACACAGUCAAAGGAUUCGUGGACAAAAACCGGGAUGUGCAACAGGAUGUGUUGUUCGAUCACAUGAGUCGGAGUACGAACAGCUUCGUUCAGGAGAUUUCGUCCUUCCAAGAUCUACUUAGCAUUCAGCAAGUUCAAACCGCUACUGCAGUAGGUACAGUGUCACGAGGGACCUCCAAGGGUAAAUUGACCGUCAGUGACACGUUCCGACAGCAACUGCAAGCUUUGGUAGACGUUUUGCAGAGCACUAAUCCAUGGUACGUUCGCUGUAUCAAACCUAAUGCGGAAAAGCUGCCAAACGAUUACGAUGACCAGCUGGUGCUGGAUCAACUUAGGUAUCUGGGUAUGCUGGACAUAAUUCGGAUCCGACGGGAAGGCUUCCCAGUGCACCUGACCUUCGAUGACUUCGUGCAGCGUUAUCAGUGCCUCACGAAGCGUUUUCGUAAUCUCUCAAGCCAAGACCAAGCCCUAGCCGUGAUACGGGAAUUGAAUGUCCCGCAAACAGAGUGGCAAACCGGUAAAACCAAAGUAUUUUUGCGGAGUGUCGUCCACGAACCACUGGAGGACGCCCGUAAACAGGUCAUCAACUCCAAGGCCCUAGUCAUCCAAAGAAACUGGAAACGCUACAGCCAGCAGCAGAAUUUCGGAAAGCUGCGGGUGGCAGCGCUCCGGAUACAACAUGCGUACAAAGGCUGGAAGCUACGGAUCGAGUUUCUCAAGAAACGCCGGGCGGCCAUUGUCAUCCAGAGUCAUUUGCGAGGAGUGUUCGCCAGAGAAGUGGCCACAGCGCUUCGUGAAAUGCGACGCGUUGACGAAGAAAUGCGGAAGCGCGAACGGCUGGAAGCAGAACGGAAGGAACGAGAGGCAGCGCAAGCCGAGGCUGAUCGGAAGGCACUGGAGGAGAGUGAAAGGGUCGCUAAGCAAGAGAUUCUGGCACUUUCGCAAAUGGCCGAGCAAAUUAACUCCAAGCUGCACUCGCAACAACAGCAACAUGCCGCCAACAACAACAAUAAUAACAAUAACAUCAACAACAACAACAUCCCGGGCAAAGACGCCCUCCUUAACGGGAAUGCCAGUUCCGGUACGGCUUCCCCGGCCGUAUCGCUGGCCGCUUCCAGUGCCGCUAACCAUGCCCAUCAGCAGAGCAACGAAUCGGUCGAUCUUGAUAAUCUGUUCGCCUUUCUCAGCGAGGUGCAACCGAAUGGUGCCAAUUCGAACGCCAUCAUCGACGAAAUCGGCGAAAAGAUGGACAACCUGGUGGAGGACCUGGACGUGGAGCUUGAGUCCGUCAUCCAGCAGGAGAUCGAGGGGCUGACGAGUGAGCGGAAUAAUAAUGUGAACAGCCGUGGUGGCGGUCCACCGCCGCCACCGAUGGUGAACGGAAUCGCCACGAAUGGAAUCAACAAUAACAACAACAACGUGAUUAUGAACAAUAAGCCGACGACGCCAAAGCCGAUGGGAGUCCCAUCCCUACCGGAACCAACGAUGCCACCGCCACCGAUCCCAACGGAAAACAACAACAGUUCACUGCCAAACUCUAUGCCGAUUCCGUCCGCAUUGGAUCAGCACCACAUCCACCGCAAGGAGGAACCCAUCUACGAAGCCGUCAUUCAUCUCAAAGAGCUUCCCCCACCGCCCGAAGCCCCGGACAAAGUUCCACCGGUCCCGCAGCAUCAACCCGGCCAGGCGCCGCCUUCACUUCAGCAACAGCUCCAGCAACAACAUCAGCAGCAGGUAGCAGCGCAUCAGCUCACCUUACAGCACCAGCUUCAACAGCAGCAGCAGCAUAACAACCAUGCGCCUCCACCGCCUCCACAUGCCCACGGAGUGAUCCACCAGCCGCAGCACCUGGAAAACGGGGCUCACAAGCUCCGACCAAAGAGUCCAGCUGUGAUCCGGUCAGCCAGCCCGGUUCAACGAGGUUCAGGUGGACCGAUGAGUCCAUCAUCGCCGAAACACAGCCGACCGAGUUCGCGAGCCUCUUCUACCGGUGGGGGUCAUCCAUUGGCCGAGCGUGAGCAACGUCGUAAGUACCGAGUGGAGAAGAAACUACAGGAGAUGCAGCAGAUGGACAUAACUGAACGGGAGAAGGAAUUGCUGAGGGAUGAUGUGUACUACGACAUCCUGGAGUUCGCCGAAAGCUACUACAAUACUCAUGAACGAUCACCGGAAGGAACCAUCAUGGCGACCUUGACACGAAAAGGACGCAAGUCGGUCGACAUGGUACCGAAGUAUGAAAUGAUCACGUACUACCGUGGCAAUACGAUUCCAUCGUCGCACAUCCAUAUGUACGAUCCGGAGAACGUGACUAUUGCGUGCAAUAUUUUCAGGGAUUUGUGCAAAUAUAUCCGUGGGGAACUGAGCAACGAGAAAGAACUGCAGGUCAUUCAAUUCAUCAUCGGACAGGGAAUCGAACGGGAAGAACUGCGAGAUGAAAUUUUUGUGCAAUGCAUGCGCCAAUCAACGAAUAAUCCGAGCGUCGAUUGGACCGACCGGGUAUGGCUUCUACUUUGCCUAACUAUUGUGGCGUUCCAGCCCAGUAAGCUAUUAUUCCGAUACUUCGUAAGUUUCCUGAAAAAGAACCUGGAGUCUCUGGAGGGUAAAUUAAGACAGUACGUACAAUGGUGCUUGGAUAAUUGUAAAAACACUAAAGUUCGUUGUCGUCAGUAUGCUCCAUCCAGUGUUGAAGUUGCGGCCAUGCGACGUCUGGGAACGAUUGUGUGUCGGUUCUUCUUCUUGGAUGGCCGUACCAAGGCCAUAGAUGUGCAUCCCACGGAUACGGCAAGUGACGCUGUUGCCAAACUAGCCGAGAAAUUGGGCUUGUGUAAUAUAGAGGGCUGGGCCAUCUAUCAGUCUCGUCCGGACGGAGAGGAACACGUCAAGUCACACGAUUAUCUUUACGAUAUUAUCGCCGCAUGGGAAUCUAAACAAACGAAGAUUCACGCUGGAAGUUCAACACUGCGCAAAAAUGCGACAACUUUGGGCUCGGGUGAGAACCGAUUCGUCUUCAAGAAAAGACUGUUCAAGAGCACCCGUGAACUGUCGCAGGACCCAGUUGAGGUCAAUAUGCUGUACGCACAGGCCGUUUACGCCGUCGUGAAGUGUGACGACUUUCCAGUUUCGGAGAAGGUCGCCCUGCAGCUAGCUGGCUUACAAGCUCAGGUCGCCCUUGGUGAUCCUUCAAACCAACCCAAACCAGAGUACUACUCAGAUGUGGGCAGUUAUCUACCAGAACGUGUGAGCAAAUCCCGGGAGGAACAGUUCUGGGUUCCCAUUCUGGCCCAAGCACAUCGUCAAUACGGCGCUGGACGUACCGAACUUACCGCUAAGGUCUUGUAUCUUUCUUGUGUGAUGCAGUAUCCGCUGUACGGUACCACAAUGUUUGCUGUAUCGUAUCGGGGCUAUUGGAGCUACGGAAACAGUUUGAUCCUCGGCGUAAACUGCGAAGGCAUCAUCCUGAUUAAAACGGAUGAUAAAUUUGUGCUGCACGAGUUCCGUUACAGCGAUAUUGAGUCGAUCAUGCUCGAUCCAAGCGAUAGCUUCAUUACGAUCAGCUUGAACCGCCAUACAAACACAAACAAUACCACAGAUCAGCAGCGAUGCUUCGUGUUCGAAACGUCGCAGAAAAACGAGAUCGGGUCUUUGAUCGUGUCUUACUUCCCGGCGUUGUCGAACUGGAUCACAGAAAACGAAGUCCCCGUUAAGAAAAGUAAGGGGAUCACCAACGAAGAUCGCGUCAGACUGCAUCACAAUGUGGUUGUAUGCCGGCGACACCUGGUGGAUGCAGAAAUCCUCCGAAAGCCGCAAGACCCUAGCGGUGGCUUUUUAAGGAACACACUACGUCGGCUUUCGAAGCACCGGCUGGAGAAACUCCGUGCUGAACACGGUAGUUCGGCGCACGAUCACGGAGAAACUUAUAAGGGCUUCCCCCAUGGGUACUGGGCUUUCAGUCGGCAGGCUCUACCUCAGAGUAUGAGUAAGUUACCAGAUCAAGAAGAACAGUCUAUGGUGCAGGUGUUCAACUCGAUUUUGACCUACGCUGGUCUUGGUCAGAACGGUGAAACGGUGCAACGGGCAGAAGACGAACACAUUACAUUGAUUCAAUCGAUCAUGGAUCGAUGUAUGCGGAAGGAAUCCCUACUGAACGAACUCUAUCUGCAACUGAUUAAGCAAACUACCGAUCAUCCGGAUCCUAACUCUCGUGUUAACUUGAGGCACUGGGCUUUGCUAUCGUUGGCGUGUAGCGUAAUUCUCCCCCCGCAGAAAGUAGUUAGAAAAUAUUUGAUAGGUCAUUUGAAACGUUGUGCUAGCGACUUUAUUAGCGAGGAAGGCAAGUAUGCUCGGUUCGCCGAGAAAUGUUUCUUCAAAACGCAGGGAACCCGCCGCCGCCAAUGGCCUCCGAGUCGGGAAGAGAUAGUCUGUACAAUCAAUCGAAGGCCAAUCUACGCUAGGUUCCAUUUCAUGGACGGACAAUACCAUUCGGUGGAGUUCCAUCCGAGCUCGACGUCUCGGGAGGUCAUGGAAAUUGUCAAAAAGAAGAUAGGAUUACAAGAAAAUGCACAAGGCUACGCCAUCUACGAAGUGCUAGGUGCUUCCGAACGUGCUUUGCUCCCGGACGAGAAGGUGGCGGACGUGAUGUCGAAAUGGGAGAAAUACCGAACGGCGGCUGCACAAGCCGUUCAGCAGAAUCAAAACUCGAGUCUUCCGCCGGCUUGUCGAAGGCAGCAUCAUCUUUUCCUAUUCAAAAAGCAUCUUUUCUGCGAUCAGUACAUGAACCUUGAGGAUCCGGUAGAGAAGGAACUGCUGUACCAUCAAGUACUGCACGGUUUAAGGACCGAGCGGUUCCCAAUUUCUGAAAUGGAAGCGAUCAUGUUGACGGCUCUGCAAGGUCAGCUCGAGUUGGGUGAUUGCACGGACGUAGUUCAGGACUACCGUUCGAUAGCAGCCCACUGUCUACCGCCACGCUUCGUACCGAACAUCCCCCACGAGGGAGUGGCCAUGCAUCACCAAAGCUUGCGAGGAAUGACUUCAGCGGAGGCGAAGAAGUCCUUCCUCAAUCUGAUUCAAAGCUGGCCCCUGCACAAGGCGACCAUCUUUGAUGUGAUGCAAUCGUUUACUUCCAACUGGCCUCGGAUACUGUGGCUGGCGGUGGAUCAGAAGGGGCUGCACCUGCUAGAGCACCGAUCGCGCAACACGCUGUGCACGUACGAGUACCAGUCGAUUCUGUCGUUCUCGCCUAACAUGAACUGCCUGAUGAUCAUCACCGGGUCGGACAAGAAACAGUCGAAGGUUAUACUGACGACGGCACAGGCCUUCCAAAUUGCCAACUUGAUUCGCGAGUAUAUGGAAGUCAUCCAGUCGCAGUUGAACGAUGAAUCUCAAAAGGAGACAGGGUCGGGAUCACCAGCGCCUCAGGUUCCACCACACAACCAACCGCUUCCGCCACCCCAUCAGAAUCUCACUCCACAGCAGCAACAGCAGCUGCAUGUGCAGCAACAGCAACAACAGGCACUGUUGCAGCAACAGCAGGAUCACAGAAAAACCGGACAAGGCCAGGGUGGUCAAUCGAGACCCUCUUCUAUGGCGAUACUGCGGCAGUCCGGCGGAGCCGCUCUUGUUGCACCGCAACCAAGUUAAGGUAGGCCAAUCACGGUAGGCAAUGUUACAGAGUAUUAGCGUAGAUAUCAGUUGUAGUAAUUGAAAAACACACACGAAGGGACAAUGUUGCAUUAAAUACGGAAAGAUCACAAUAACUGUAUGUAUGAGAGACUGACAAAAAAGUUACAAAAAGUUGAGCAAGAAGGGUUUGAUAAUCAUUUUAGGAAAAACAAGUUUCAGGAACCAUUGACAAGUAAAUCGGUGAAUGUGGUUUAGAUCUCAGUCAAGACGCAUGGAAAUCAAAGUUUUCUACCUACGAAUCAAUAUCAAAAUAUCCCAUGAAAUCAAAAUAUAACCAAAACUAACCAUCAGUUAUCAGGAGUCCAGCUACAAUAAUCAAAGCUUGUAUAGAAAACCCAAAGGAGAUUAUUGUCAUAAAUUUUGAUUUUCGUUGCGUCGUUGAAAUGUUUGAACCAUUAUGGAAAAUACCGUAGUUUCAGUUACCUGAGCGAAGCGACCAAAACCAAAAGCAUUCACACCACGUAGUAGAAUCUCCUCCCGCUACCGUAUUCCACUGUGCGCUUCAAUGAUCUCAUUUAGUCGAAAUAAUCGUACGCAAUUUGCUCACACUCUUCAGAUCAAUAGAAAUACUCUUCCUAUUUAGUAAGUUGACAAAAAUAGGUUCCGAUUCUAAUGGGCUUGUUAUAACGUAUACAGAAUUCAGAAGCGCCUUUCACAAUCCUUACCACAUAAGCACAAAACACAUCUGCGCAAUAUACUGCCUUCGUUUUAGUUUCGAUCGACGUGUCUAUCGUUCUCUAUUUAUUAUAUUAUUUUUUCACAACAAUUCUACUGUCAAACUGUUUCACGAAUUGUUUGGGACUCAGGCCAUUACUAGGAAAAUUUAAUGAUCUACCUAUAGCUAUUUUCCUUUUAUGAUUGUUUUCUAAUUUUCAAAGAAAAGUCGUGUGAUAUGCUGUGUUGAUUUACUGUCAAUGUAUUGAUAUACGCAGAAGUCUCUUUUGAAAUAACUUUUCGCGUAACUAUCUACUACCUAAUUACCCUCUAAUAAUUUAAGCGUAGCGAUAAUUAUUUCUAUGUACGAAUGUAAUUUAUUUAUAAAAGAUUAUUUAUUUGUAUAACGAUAUCGGCCAUAAUAGGUUUUCUUCCGAUUACUCAUACACUAACGAUACUAACUUACGAAACCUACAGAUAGAAUCUUUUAAAAACAAAGCUACACGAAACCCCGCUUUUAAUCAAUAAACUUGCAUAAGGAUUUUUCAGGUUUACUUCAGAUCGAGAUGAGUUCAUAAUUUUAUUUAUCAAAUCUUACCAAGUAGGGUAAAAUAAAUUGAGAAACAAAAAAAAUAUAUUGAAAGUCUAUGCAUACAAAACUAUUGAAAAUGGUUGAAAAUGAUUAUUAAAUAGUUACAAGUAAAAUGUUAUCGAGCAAAACCGAAAAAAGCCUAAUCCCUUAAUAAAGCACUAUCGGAAAGUAAAUAGAACACAGAAAAUAAAAAAGUAAAAAAGAACUAAUCAAAUACAAUGGCGGAUUUAAAACAAUCGCGCCAACGCAGAUGUUAAAAGUAAACGGACACAAAAUUUCACUAGUCAAGAAUAAUUGAUAAGGGCGUUGCAACAGACAUAAUUUCUAGUGAAUUGCUACCAAAUGAGGAGUGAGUUAUAUUCUUUCCUAAUUCCCUUGUCUGUUCUUAUACGGAGAACUAUAGAAAAAAAAUCUACUAAGAACUCAAUGCAUAGGUACGCUAGAGGCUCCAAAUCGGAGGAAUUGCAGACCUUUCGAAAAAUGAAAUCUUUCAGAUACAAAACAUUAAAUAAGAAAACAUCUUUAUAAUGGUAUAUUGUGAAUUGACGUGAACUUGGACGGUGAUUCCGAUUUGAAGCCAUUAGCAGAAAAUAUCUACAGAGUUGCGGUCGAACAGUUGGCGAUUCUGUCUCCCAUAACAAAGAUAAAUCAAGGUUUAUUGAAGAAAUUUAAA